AUGACCAUAGUGCACACAGAAGGAAUUUUCACUCAUGAGAUUUCUUGGUGCAAUUGCCCUGGGUCAGAUUCAAUCGACUGGCACCUUGAUUUACUCAGGGAAAGACUCUUUCCAGCCAGUAUAACAAAGCCCAAGACUGCUUUCACCUUUGAUGUUCUUAAUCACUUUCUCAUUGAUGCCCUGGAAUGCAAGACUUCAGCUAUGAGUUUCUAUCAGAAGCUGAAGAGGUUCACCAACAAUGCAUUUCCUGACUGUAUACCAGACAGGUACCGAGAGCUGAUGAGGGUUUCCAGACUGUGGAGGGAUUUGAAACAUAGGAAAUGGUUUGGCUUUGGUCAUGAUAAAGAACAAGAUCCUAGACAAGGAGAACUUGCACUCUUUUGUCCUGCCUGCCCACAACCAGGUAUUAAUUUACCUCCAGAUUGGAAAACCCGAUAUGACAGUGAUACCAUAAUGAGGCAAUAUGUCAUGGAUGGCAACUUCACUGCUCAGCAUAUGAAAAUGAACAAGCCUGAGUUGGAUGUGUCAUUAGCAGAUGGAACUGGUUACAUGGUUGCUGAAAAGCCCUACCAGGCCCAUCUUGAGCAGUCUUUGGAUAACAAGGAGAGAUCCACCUGCAGCAAUCACAGGGCAAUCAAUGCUGCUAAUAUUAACAAGUCCAAUCUCCAGUCCACUGGGAUUGGUGCCACAGCCUGUGCUUGGCAUGGUUGCUUUGUUCCCCAUUCUGUGGUGGACUUUCAGAAAGGGGAAAAGUGA